UUUCGCGGUAUAUAUACUGUAGCGGGGUAACAUUGCAGUAACUUAGAUCGAGCUCUUACAUCUCUUGAGUAGAGAAGAGAAGAAAUUGUUGAAGAGGUUCCUCUCGAUCCAUCGAAGAAAUGGCGGCUGUAGGAGUCCAAAAUGUGUGCCUGGAUUCGUCGAUGCUCUCGUCCUGUUCUUCGCUGCGCCCAUCGCCCAAUUCGCAGAGAAUUGCCGUGAGAAGCAGUAGCAGAUCAUCCGUGCAAUGCUGCUGUUCUCGCCAGGAUGAUGCGCCCGAGACGAGCACAUCGCGGUUGAGUGGAUUGGGGCGAUUGGCAGCGACUGGCCUGAUGGCGCUGGCGGUCUCCACGAGCAGUGGCAGCGGCAUUGCGAUGGCGCAGCAGCAAGAUCCAAGCCUGGUUCCGAUCUUCAACGUUGGCGAGCAGGCAGAUAAAUUGCUCAAGGACGCCGACAAGCUCACCAACGACGACUCGCCGCCGCGAUUUGGCCCAUCCCGGGGCGGUGUCAAGUCGGAAGACGAUGGAAGAAUCGCCCAAAAAGGUGGGAGUGGCGCCAUUCCAGAGAUCCAGGACAGUGGAUCAGAGCUCGUAGGAAAGGGUCGCGAGAAGGUCGCCCGGAAGGCUUCCGAGACCAAGCAGAGAUUGGAUGAAUCUCUGGGCCAAGCUCAGGACAAGGCCGAGGAUGCGAAGAAGGGCAUCCAGGGAUUCUUCGGGCAGGCCAAAGGCAAGGUAAAGAGCGAUGUCGACUCAGUUCAGGGGCAAUCCAAGGAUCCAAACGAGAAACUCAAGGGACUCGUUGGCGAUGCGAGGAGCAAAGCCGAUGACGCUGGUGACAACGCCAAGGAUUUGGUUGGCUCGAUCAAAAAGGUACGGAGAUCUCUCGCUGUUCCUCUCAAUCAAUGAAACCGAUCGAAUGCGAUGCUUGCAGGGCCUGAGAAUUCGAUAGAAAUUUUUCGCCCACGCUUGUACUCUAUCUAGAGAUGAAUGAAUGAAAGAGAGAGCUCUGCUUCUAGGGCUCCAUUUCUCUGUUUU